UUUCCCCAAUUUUGAAGUUUACUUGUUAAAUUCACUUUCUCUGAAGUUAAAAAAAAAAAAAAAAAAAAUAGAGCUUUUGAACUGAAUGGGUUGUGGCAAAGAUUAUGAGGGAAACAGAAGACGACUGGAAUUUUGAUGCAUAAUAUGAGUUGAGUCAGCCACCUCUAAAUGAUGAAAUAGUUUUCAUUAGUAGUUGGCACUUGGCAUCCAUCAGUGGAGGAGACAGAGAAAGGAACUUGAUAGGAUUUUUGGUUAUCUUUGAAGCCAAACCCACUCAAGGGAGAACAAAGAAGAUGUGAAAGCAAGGGAUAAAAAGCACAGGACACAGUAAAAAUUUUCAUCAGAAACUAAGAAAACCGAUGCAACAAAAAAAUUCAACAGCAUAUACUGCUCUUAUUUGUGGGCUCUCUCAAACGGGAAAGAUGGUGGAAGCAGAAAGACUUUUCAAUGAAAUGCUUAAAAAAGAGUUGGAGCCAGAUGAGGUUACAUAUACAGCAUUUACUGAUGGUUAUUGCAAGUCAGGUGAGAUGAAAAAAGCUUUUUCCCUUCACAAUCAGAUGGUCCAAAUUGGGCUUACUCCAAAUGUUGUCACAUACACUGCACUGGCUGAUGGCCUUUGUAAAUGUGGGGAGCUAGACACAGCGAAUGAGCUUCUUCAUGAGAUGUGCAGAAAGGGCCUUCAAUUAAAUAUUUGCACUUAUAACUCAAUUGUUAAUGGCCUUUGCAAAGCGGGAAAUAUAUUACAAGCAAUAAGGCUGAUGGAAGAAAUGCAGGAAGCAGGGAUGUAUCCUGAUACUAUCACUUACACCACAUUGAUGGAUGCUUACUGUAAGACAGGGGAGAUGGUUAAGGCACACGGGCUUCUGCGUGAGAUCCUGGAUAAGGGGCUUCAACCUACAGUUGUCACAUUCAAUGUGCUCAUGAAUGGUUUUUGUUUGUCCGGAAUGCUGGAAGAGGGUGAGAGGCUACAAAAAUGGAUGCUGGAGAAGGGCAUAAUGCCAAAUGCCACUACCUACAAUUCUAUUAUGAAGCAGUACUGUGUUAGAAAUAAUAUGCGAACUACAACUGAGAUUUACAGGGACAUGUGUGCUCAAGGAGUGAUCCCUGAUAGCAACACAUAUAACAUUUUAAUAAAAGGGCACUGUAAAGCUAGGAAUAUGAAAGAGGCAUGGUUUUUGCACAAAGAAAUGGUUGAGAAGGGAUUUAACCUCACGGUUAGUUCCUAUAAUGCUCUCAUCAAGGGUUUUUUCAAGAGGAAGAAACUUUUGGAGGCAAGAGAGCUAUUUGAAGAGAUGAGAAGGGAAGGGUUGGUAGCUGAUGCAGAAAUAUAUAAUCUUUUUGUUGAUAUAAAUUAUGAAGAAGGGAACUUGGAAACCACUCUUGAGCUUUGUGAUGAAGCAAUAGAGAAGUGUCUGGUGGAUGAAGCCAGGAAUGGAAACGUAGUGUUUGUAUAUUUUUGCACAAGCCUUGUCCUGAACCAACAAAUAAUUCGAUUGGUUGCAGCAUUUUGGUGCGAACUGUUUAAAUUCCUGGCAAAGUUGGAAUUCAGGGUCAAGCCUGAUGAAGGUGAAUCUUGGACACACCAAAUUAUAGAAGCUAAGGAAAACAAAUGCUUGCAAGUUGCAACUAAUUUUGUUGGUUUGUCAAGGAUUGAGACUAUUAAUGGUGGUAGUUUAUUUUUAUGGAGGAUUGCGCUCAAAAAGAUGCCCACAGAUUAUUCUCACAUUGGUUCAACUUCUACUGUUGAUAUGCUCGGCUUAAUGUUAUUCAUCUCAUCAAAAAAGCAUCCUUCUAAACUCACAACUCUUAUUGCUGUGGUGGCCGGCCGUCACCAUGAGCUUCAUCAAUCUUCCAUCAACAAUUCUUUCACCGCCUGUAAUGCGUCACAGAUUCGUGGGUGUAUUAUAAUUGGUCUAAAAAGAUUCCCUGGCUUCGCCGCCGGCCACACGACUAGUCUUCUGAAAGAGGCCAACUGCUCUUCCAAUUCCACAAGUAUACCAUCUUGUUUCAUAUUAAACACCUACCACCUUUUUCACACGCUAUUCCAACCUCCCCUUCCAUGCCUAUUUAACCCAUCUGCUUCCCUAAAAGCUUUUCACAGUACAGCCAUGGCCAGGACUGAGCUCAAGCUUCUAGGAGCAUGGCCUAGCCCAUAUGUUAUGAGGCCAAGAAUUGCCCUUAACAUCAAAUCUGUUGAUUAUGAGUUUCUUCAGGAAACUUUUGGAUCAAAAAGUCAGCUCCUUCUUGAAUCUAAUCCUGUCCACAAGAAAAUCCCUGUUCUCAUUCACAAGGGCAAGCCUAUUUGUGAGUCUCUCAUCAUUGUAGAGUACAUUGAUGAGACUUGGUCUUCUGGUCCAUCUAUUCUUCCCUCUGAUCCAUAUGAUCGUGCUAUUGCAAAAUUUUGGGGCGCCUAUGUCGAUGAGAAGUGGUUUCCAAAUUUGAGAAUCCUUUCAACUGCUGAAGGAGAGGCAAAAGAUCAGGUUAUAGGGACAAUAGUUGAAGGGCUUGACCUGCUGGAGGAUGCAUUUGUGAAGAUUAGCAAAGGGAAAACUUUCUUUGGAGGAGGCCAAAUUGGGUACCUUGACAUAGCAUUUGGUUGCUACUUGGGGUGGUUAAGAGCCUCAGAGAAGAUGAGUGAAGUGAAGCUGCUAGAUGAAGCAAAGACUCCAGGUCUUGCAAAAUGGGCUGACACCUUCUCUUCUCAUCCUGCUGUGAAGGAUGUCAUGCCAGAAGUCGACAAGCUUGUUGAGUAUGGAAAGUCUCUUGUAGCCAAAUACAGAGCUGCAAAAGCAGCAUCCUCCUAAUUAAGUAACCAUAUCAUCCUUAUUCAGCUAGUGUGUAUGCCUUGUGUGUUGUUUUCUAAUGCUAGCAAGAAAUUAUCAUUAAA